AUGGGAGCCAUGGAAUUCUCCAAGACUCUCACCGUGUCGCCGUUAGCGUUAAACGGCGAAAAUUGGAUAUCGUCUUCUCAACUGGAGGAGCGAAAUCUGGAAUUUGAACCUGCAAUUUUCGUAGGUUCCGCAAGUUAUCUUUUGGCAAAUCCAAAUGUGACAUCCAGCCAUCUAUUCCGAGCAGACAUCUUGUUCGAUAGCUCUGGCAUGCUAAAGACUCCGAAGGAAAAGGAGUCUGACACAGUUGUGCCCAAGAAUGGAACUUCGGAGACGGAAGGUGACGAAGUUGUUGAACCACUUGCUGCCAGGAAUUUCGAUGGAUUUUACUUAACAAGGACUAUUUUGAGGAGAUUUAUUCCCAGAAAUCAGAAUCUCGACCCUGAACUGGACCAAACAUGCCACUUCUAUUCACAGGCUGUAACUUUAGAGGACCGGGGCCUACAAGUGGAAAAAUCCCUUUUAAUAUAUUUGCCUCAUUAUAUAUCAGAAAACAAGGUCCCCUUUUAUCAUCCUGCAGUGCGAGCCUUGGGAUUUCUAUACGAAUUCUCCGUACCUCUAUUAAGGGAUCCAGACGAAACCAAGAAAGGAAAUGGAACACUAUCACUUCACUUCUUACCAUUCGCACCAGGUAUUCCAGAGGAAAUACCUUACCGUCUUGAAAGAACAUUUUUGGCCCUACUUUCGACGCAAGCCCGUCUUGCUCGCAGUCCGUCGGCCACAUCCAAUCCAACUGGAAGUAAACCAAAGCCAUUUAAGGAUAAUAUCAUUCCACAGCAUAUACUCCAAACCACGUAUGUGAGGCUGAAGAAUAAAUACGCAUCAACCCUGAUAGAAGACUGGGUUGAAGUGACGGAGCCGUCAAAACAUGUUUUUGAAGACAUUGCCAUAGCGGCGUUUCUAAUCGAGUUGUGGAAGAUAAUGUACAACUCAGAACCCGGACAAAGUGAGGGUGAUGCUGCAGCAUGGUUCCCAGGCUUUGUCGACAUUGCAUGUGGAAACGGUGUGCUUGUUCAUCUUCUCCUAGCUGAGGGUUAUAGCGGAUGGGGAUUCGACGCGAGGCGAAGAAAAAGCUGGAAUAUAUAUCCGCCUACAACCCAAAGCCGCUUAAAAGAGAGUAUUUUCAUUCCGGAAGUGUUCCGGAGCGCCGCUCCCAUCCUCUUCAAAUCCAUUCCGGACUCUGUGUCUGUUAAUGAUGGCGUAUUUGAAAAAAAUACUUUCAUUAUAUCUAACCAUGCGGAUGAACUCACGAUCUGGACUCCCCUUCUUGGUGCUCUGGCGAACCCUUCCUCCCCUCUGCCCUUUUUGGCCAUCCCCUGCUGCUCGCAUUCCAUAUCUGGUGCCAGAUUUCGAUACCCCCCACCACCCAAAAAAUCAUCAACACCAAAACAGAAGGCCCAAAAGUCGGAACAGGAGAACGAACAGCCAUCUACAGGUGAUCUAAAGGCUCUUCGUGCUACCAAGCUUGCUCAACAAGUGAAUGGGGGCGAUUUUCCGUCAUCCACAUACGGAGCUCUCACAGCAAAAACUAUGGACAUAUCGAGUGAGAUGGGGUAUGAUGUUCAGAAGACCUUGAUGAGAAUCCCGAGUACACGAAAUAUUGGUAUUGUCGGCGGGUUGAAUCGAUGUAAGGCGAUUGGGAAGUGUCCUUCAAGCAACAGAGGCACGGCUCAGACUACCCAAGUGGAACAACAGAUUAAACAACUGGUAGAGCGAGAGGCAGCACGCGAUGGGGGGCUGGAAGCUGCGGCGACAAUAUGGAUUGGGCGGGCAUUGGGAUUGCAUCAGGGGAAAGGGGGGAAGUCGACCGGCACUCAUCGGUUACCCAACAUGAAAAGUUAG